UUCUGCUCACUUUCAGUAUUCAUACCCAAACUGCUAUUUGUGCAGAGCUAAUUAGUUACGCUGUCAGUUCAUCACCUGAAGUUCUGUAAUACAGUUUCAGUGGUGCAAACACGAUUCCAUUCUGUACUAUCAGCUACUGUGUGAAGCAUUGUAAGUGGUUGCUGUAAAAAAGUAAAGUUGCAUUUUCCUUUCCAUCUCUGACUUUCUGGUCGAGUACGCCUACUGCUUUUGCUCUGCACUUUUACUGUGGCUUCUCUACUCUCUGUCUGCUCCAGCAUCUGUCCAGUCUCCACUUAUAAAAGCUCAAUUGCCUUUGGUGACACGUCCCCUUCUUCCCCUCUAACGGUUUUUACUUGACCAUGACACAAGGCCUGUAUUCUGCUGCUACUCCGGUUGGUGUUUGAACUUUGAAGUAGAAGCAAAGACAAAAACCAGGAACAAUGUCUACUUCACCACCGCCCUUUGCCAUCACAACGUUCUACUCCCAUCAGUCAUCUCAGCCUCACCUGCACUGGCAGCUGCCUCACUCAUGGUCAUGGAGGCAACCGCCGCCUCCGCAGCGAGCCGCGCCGAGGUCGACACCUCCCGGCCGUUCCAGUCGGUCCGGGAGGCCGUCGUGGUGUUUGGCGAGCGGUACGCCGGUGAUGGUGGCAGCAGCUCCAAUGCGAGCAGCGAGUCCAGUGUCAAGCUCAGUGCCUCAUCCAUGAUGCUGGACUGCCUGAAGAAGCUGGAGGCAGACCUGGCAGAGGCCAAGUGUGAGCUGGUGCAGCUGAAGCAGAGGCAGUCCCAGAUGGAGAUGGCCAUGUCCAGCCUGAGUGUGCAGUUCAGCAACGGCCUGGACGUCAUCUCUGGCCUCAGUAAGGGGAAGGAGGUUGCCGUCGUCGGCGCACCGGCCACCGGAGAAGACGAUGGCAAUGGCUGGGUUCGCAGCGACAGGUGGGAUGAGAGCCGGGCCGAGGAGUGGAUGGCCAAUCUGGAGUACCUGCCAAGCCUCUCGGAGGCACUGACCAUCAAGAUGAUUGAGAAUGACUUUGGAGAAAGGAAGGAGGGGAAGGUUAAGAGCAAGAAGGCUGCCAGGAAGAAGCACAAGAAGCAGAAGAAUGGGAUCUCGUUGGUCGGAGGCAUUUUUUCCAAGAAAAGCAAGUCCAGGUGAUCGAGCUACGGACCAUAUAUGUGCUUCGAUUUAUGUUGACAACUUCUUUCCAUCUUUUUGUUGUGGGAUUUGCUUCAUAAGUUGCAUUCUGCAACAGAAGCCUGUCCGGAACAUAGGAAUUUCGUCGGAAUUUUUAUAGGUCCGUUGCAAGGAACGGUUCAAGACCUAUAGAAAUCCAGCGAAAUUCCUAAAUGUUCUAGAGAAUUUUGGCUUCCUGAUGCUUUCUUUGUAACACCGCGUUGAUG